AUGGCAGAGGUUGCUAAAGGAUUAGAGAAACUCAUAAGCAAUGGUGUCAACUCCAAAUAUUUGACAGAAAAGUAUAUCCUUCCUCUUGAAGAACGACCCAUGUUCUCUUCCUAUGAAUCCCUUUCUGAAUCCAUUCCUGUAAUCGAUCUCAGUCGUGUUUCUGAUGGUUUAGGUCGACAAAAUAUUAUCUGGCAGAUCACUAAAGCCUCUGAAGACUAUGGAUUUUUUCAGAUCAUGAAUCAUGGGGUUCCAGAAGAUGUUAUUCAAGACAUGCUGGGUGUUGCCACAGAGUUUUUUGAGAUGCCCAUUGAAGAGAGAGCAAAGCUUUACUCUGAGGACCCCAAAACACAAGUUAGAGUUUGCACAAGUUUUAACUUUAAAAGCAAGGUUCAAUUAUGGAGAGAUUUUUUGAGGCAUCCAUGCCAUCCAUUAGAGGAUUACAUCGACUCAUGGCCCCAAAUGCCAGAAAAUUACAGGGAGGUAGCUAGCAAGUAUGUUCUUGAGAUCAGGGCAUUGAUACUAAAGCUCUUGGCUCUAUUAUCUGAAGGACUUGGGCUUGAUUCUGGUUAUUUGAAUGAGAAAUUUGGCAAGCAUAAUCAAAUACAGUUGAUAAAUUACUAUCCUCCAUGUCCAGAUCCCAACCUAACACUUGGGCUGCCAGGGCAUUCCGAUCCGAAUGGCAUUACAGUUCUUUUGCAAGAUGAAGUAGGAGGAUUGCAAGUGCUCAAAGAUGGAAAAUGGAUCAUCGUGAAACCGGAGAAAAAUGCUUUUGUGGUUAAUAUAGCCGAUCAAUUGCAGGUUAUCAGCAACGGCAGGUUCAAAAGCGUGGAACACCGUGCAAUUACGAAUUCUACAUCCUCUCGAAUUUCAUUACCAACAUUUUAUGGUCCCUCUUUGGAUGCAUCAAUUGGGCCUGCCAAUGAAUUAGUGAGCAAAGAAAGCCCUGCAAUUUACAGGAGUUACACAUUUGGGGAGUUCUUUGACAGGUUUUUUAGCCAGGAACUCAAGGGGAAAACAGUCCUUGACCACUUCAAGUAUUGUGCAGAGUGA